AUCACUGCUAACAGCACCCUCCCUGCCCAUCUCCUCUCUUUCAACAGGCGGCGGUGUACCGAGCCUCCUACUCCUCACGUCUCUCUUCCCAUUGGCUCUUCCGGAUCUCUCCCCAACCCCCACCAUGUCUUCCUCUUCCACCCGGUCUCCAUCUUAUUCCAGUUCCGCCGACAAAGUCUGGCCUCCUCGUCAAUCCGAUCACUCCAACUCGAGAUUAGCAUUCAACAUGAUCACUUCUACAAUGUUCGGACUGGGCGUCAAGGCGACUCAGGUGGCUAUCUUGAUGGAGACAAAAUUGUAUCAUUAUACACCGGAAAUGAAGGCAAUCACAAAGAUUAAGUGGCUGGUCCCAUCGGUCUAUCUUAAGACUGCGGCUGUCUGGGCUCCUGUCGGAUACAUCUACUACUGGUCAAGAUUGAGAAUAUCAUACCUCCUGGCACAAAAACAACGGGAAAUGGCUCAGAGUGCCAACAGAACACUGAGAUCACAACGUCGUGCUGCGGACAUUGAGAUUGAUGGACUGCCAAUGUAAGAGAAAGCGAAGCACAAGAGGACACGUAAACUAUGAGGGACUAUACGAGCAGGUCGAAGACGCUCAAAAGCAUAUUGCGCAUGUAACAUUUUUGACUCCAU